AACGAAAAGAUCUGUUGACACCAGUACGGGCAUCCCCCACUAUGCUAAGUAAAACACAUAGGCUCUCUCCUAUCUAUUACCCCGACAAGUUCAGUCGAGAGUUGAAGAUGGAAAGCUCGGGCUCAAGCAGAGCCAAAUGCAUGACAGGCAACGACCGAGAGGCCGAACUAAAACUCUGCGAUGCUGAGAGCAAACGAGCUGGUUGGAUUACAUUCCCAUUCAUCACAGGCGCGGUGGCCUUGUUGAGCGUGGGUGGAGCUGGAUGGAUGACGAACUUGAUCGUGUACUUGAUCGAGGAGUUCAAUGUGAACCGAAUCGACGCGGCACAGAUUAACAACGUGAUCAAUGGCUGCUUCUGUCUCCUCCCGGUCCUCGGCGCGAUCAUAGCCGACUCCAUUCUUGGAUGCUUCUUGGUCGCCUCCAUUUCCGCCUUCAUAGCCUCCACGGGUAUAGUUCUUUUAUCCUUAACGGCGACGCUUGAUUCGUUGAGACCCAAGCCGUGCGGAAACAAAUCGAACUCGUGCAGAGCCCCGUCCAACCUUCAACUAGGCGUGCUCUACACAGGGAUAGUUCUAGCAACACUCGGGGCGUCCGGACUGAGGUUCACCACGGCAACGUUGGGGGCGAACCAGUUCGAAAGCCAAAAGGAUCAAUCGACUUUCUUCAAUUGGUUCUUCUUUGCACUAUACGCCAGUUAUGUCCUAAGCAGCACGCUGAUCGUGUAUGUCGAGGACAGUGUGAGUUGGGCCUUUGGAUUCUGGUUAUGCGUCGCUGCAAGCUUCACUGGGCUCGCGGUUUUUCGCCGCGGAAAUCGGUAUUAUCGCCACGAGACGCCUCAGGGGAGUCCAUUACUGAGCUUAGCUCGUGUCCUCGUUGCUAGUUCUCGGAAAUGGAAGCUUCAGCUCACGCUGAAUAGAGAUGAGUUCUAUUACGGCCGAGAUGGACAGAGUAAGGAGGUGGACGUACCCCCUAGAAAGAACUUCAGGUUCUUGAAUCGCGCCGCCGUGAAGACUGAUGGGGACACCAAGUCCGACAACUCGAUCGCCAAGCCUUGGAGGCUGUGCACGGUGCGGCAAGUGGAGGACCUAAAAUCUGUGAUCAAAGUGUUACCACUGUGGUCAAGCGUCGUCUUCUUGAGCACCCCUAUCGCUGUCCAAAACAGCAUGACGGUCCUCCAAGCCCUUACCAUGGACCGCCAUUUAGGACCCCAUUUCAUGAUCCCGGCCGGUUCAUUCAUUGUCAUGGUCAUGAUAUCCACCUCGGUCUCUCUCGCUUUGAUCGACCGCUUCCGAUCCCCAUUCCCGCUGUGGAAGAAGCUGACCGGUUCGCCUCAAACGGUAUUCCACAGGAUUGGCGUUGGUCAUCUCCUGAGUGUGCUCGGCAUGAUUGUCUCGGCACUAAUCGAGUCACGCAGGCUCAGGACAGCCCAUCUCCACCACCUCCAACAUGUCAACAAUCAUACAGUCCCGAUGUCUGCACUGUGGCUAUUCCCUCAGCUGAUCCUGGUCGGAAUUGGAGAAGCUUUCCAUUUUCCAGGACAAGUGUUGCUGUACUUCCGAGAAUUCCCGCCAAACUUAAGCAACAGCGCGACCGCGAUGGUCUCGGCGAUGAUCGGGAUAGCUUAUUAUUUGAGCACCGCAUUGGUCGAUCUGGUACGUAGGAGCACCGGUUGGUUGCCGGAGAACCUGAACGAUGGGAGGUUGGAUUAUUUGUAUUGGCUGCUGGCUGGGGUUGGGCUGGCGAAUUUUGGGUAUUAUGUCGUAUGCGCGAAGUUGUACGAGGGAAAAGAUGGGAAUUCUAGUUCGAAUCUUCCAAUGACGAAUGACGCUGGUGAAAAAGAGUGAGGUCCCAAAUGCGUUUGUCCAUGCAAUGCUGGGAUUAGUCUAUGUACAUUUCUUGUCUACUUCGACAAAAAUGUUGUUAAUUUGAAUG